AUGAGAAAGCUCAGGGGGGAUUCAGCAAUUCAGUCUUCUUUGGGGUCAGAUGGCAACGACAGACAUCAGACACCGUCGCCUGCAGGCUACCUGCUGGAUUCAGAUGAACGCGCAACCCAGCUGGCCGCCCUCGCCACAGUUGCACUCUUCGACGUCCCCGGGAUUGACACCCGUAGAAGGAGGGUUUCAGCAGCAAAUAGACAGCAGAAAGAUCCCCCUCCUGUACGUGCUGGUAUUCGCGCGACCCUUGAGAAAAUACUUGAAAAAGAAGAGCCCCAGUGGGCCCCUGACGACUGCCCCAUAAUCCGCCGUUUGUCGCUUUACAACCAGUGCCUUCUAAACAAAAGCUUGUUUGCCAAAGCGCGGGGAGCGCAGCCUCUUCGGUCGCCACGGGCAUCAUCAGCAACGGCAGCAAACAGAAUAGAAGCAGGAACACCACAAACGAAAACAGAAGGAGUGGAAGUGCCAUUUUCUGAGGAGUGUUUGAAUGUUGAGCUGUGGAGGCUAGCUGAAUGGCUGGCCAGAACCCGACGGUGUUUGUCUGCCCGCCUGUUCUUAGAUAAGGCUGAGGCCUCAGGUUUGGAACUGGCGAUGACGUCCCACGUGGAAUGGCUGGAGGACUCAGCGCAGUGUAAUUACAUGCAAAUAAAUAUCUCUGGGCAACCGGAGAAGACAGCAGGGGCAGACGCAGUAGCGGCGACUCUGCAAGCCAAGCCGCAGACAUUGCAAGAUAAAGGAGGCAAAAAGCGAGGCGUCCAUCCUUUCAAUGUUUGGUUUGAGCCGCGAGCUCCAAGGCCUGAUGAUCGGCGAGUGCAGCAAACGAUUGGCCGCUUCGACGUGGCGGUGAAGGCGCACGAAUUCUAUCCUGUGAAGUUCCCCCACACAAAGGCUCGUCGCGGAGGAAAGCCACGGAUGAUGCGCGGGCGGUCAGGCCGCUGGUUCUGGUUGGGGCCUUACUGGAAGCCUCCUUGGGCACCGAAGCGGAAAUCCUUCACCGAGGACUGGCAUCUAACGAAUGCUACCGCAUAA